AUGCGGGGUGAGACUGACUGCAGCAAGUGGGUGAGGUUACUCGGCGGCUCGUCCCAGAAGAAGAAGCAGGUCGCCCCGAACAACCCCCAACAGCGGCUGGCACGCUUCCGACAGCGAUACAACCAGAUACUGCAAACAUGGCAGAAGUCGACCAACCUCGCCAACGACCGCGAAGCCCUGGGCAACAUCCGGCGCGGGUUCCAGGCCCUCACAGCGAUACUCAGCGAUGAGUCCCGAUCACCGGCACCGCAUAUGUGCCUCCAGUUCUCCGCUGCCCAACAGAUAUAUACGGCAAUCUCGAAAAUCGCCGCGACGGCACACGAUGAGGGCACAGUUAGGGACGCGGUGGCCUUCUACAAUGCGCUCAUCGAUAGCGAAGAGGAGGACUUUCUCGAAAACGAUGUCUUCGCUGUGUCUCUCAUGAAUUUUAUCGACCGCACAAUCGGCUCGGGAAGCAUGGGCAUAGGAGAAGACAUUGAGGCCGAUAUCGUGGAGCUGCUGUUUGGUAUCGCGGCCAAGAUCAGGUUGCAGCCAGAGAUCCUGCAUGUCUGGUUUACUACUACGUCUGCAGAUAACGAGGGACGACUUUUGAACCAAAAGACUGACUUCGCCGGGGUCACGCAGAAGGAAGACUUCCCGUUGUGCUAUCAGCUCAUCGAUCAUGUCCACCACGAAGGUCGUAUCGGAGAUUUUGCGCGCACCGGAUUGCUGUAUAUAUUCGAGUCUGCAUCUAGAUCAAUGGAUUUGGAGCAGUGGAUUGUUAACAGUGAUCUGCCGACGCUCAUGGCGACUGGGCUGGGAGCACUGUACAGUCAGAUGAGCAGAAAACUUUCAAUACUCCACCCGGCGCAGAACUUGCCUCCUGUUCUGUUACUCUCUGAUUACACCGAGAUGCAGCCCAACCAACAAGCAGAGAACUUCUUUACCCCUGAUUUCCAGAGCCAUCUUCUGACGUUCUUGUCGUACCUUGCCUUCUGGCAAGAUGUGCUUGAGCACUGCAGGUCCCUGGAUGUUAGAGUUACAUUGAUCGAUCACUUUCAGGCUUUGUUCCUCCAGCAGCUUUUAUAUCCUUCGCUGCUUGAGUCGUCUGACGCUGAUGGCGGCUCAUCUGUGGCAGUACUCACGUAUCUCCGUCAUAUUCUAGAUGCGCUGGAUCAUCCAGAGCUUGUCCAUAUGAUGCUUCAGUAUCUAUUCGCCCUCCAGGACUACGCAUCCUCGAAGACAACACGGUCACCUGCAGCUGUCAAACGACGCCAGUCGCUCAUGCUCCUUACCGCCUCCGACAAGGACGACGACAAGCUGAAUCCUUCCUUGUUUAAUCUAGUCGACCUCGUGUUAGGGAGUACCGCGUCACGCAACCCACAGACGGUCAUUGCAGCAUUGAAGUUGACUAAUGUGAUACUAAGCAAAAAUCAUGGAUACGCCCUCGGAUCUCUUGUCAAGGUGAUGAACCUGCAUCACAAAGAACACCAUAGAACAGUCGGAUCUCUGAACAAGGAGCUUGAGUUGUAUCUGAACCUCGCCAUCGACCUCGCUGGGUUGGAAGGUGUCGAUGAAGCGUACGAAAGCUACCUGAAAGAUACUUUGAGCUUACUAGAGACACAUCCUUGCUCUUUAAAGACUAUUGCCUUACCUUCGACGUCGUCAAAGACUCAAGGGUACUUCGACUCGACUGAAGCCUCAACUAGAGAGGUCGACCCACAUCAGCUGCUUCCAGAAGAUCCGCUCUUCCAGUCUCUUAUGGAGCUACUGCUGAGAUUCCUUACGAACGACGUCGAGACAAACUUGGCACUGACUGAGGCAAUAAUUACACUUGGCACUUGCGCUCAGCUACGUCUGGAAGGAUGGUUAUCUGUGGAUCCUGCCGACUACCACUUCGAAAGUGACAGUCUUGAAACUGAGCCGUUCACGAAUGAGAAUUUGCGCGCCAUGUUCAUGGCUGAAAGGUUCCCGACAUGGGAGUCUUCUGCUACUCCUCAGCUAUUCGCAUGUCUGAAACAACUCCAAGCGCAGGUUGAUGCCCUGCGUAGUGACAUCAAGGAUUGGGAUGAACACGUUACAAGUCGCAAGAACGCUUUUCGCUUUCACCAGGAUGUCGUGGAAGAGUCGAAAAUGUCAACACCCCAGUCAAAGCCCGCGAGAGGUCCUUCAGAAACACCAGUUGGAUCCUGGACUCCACAGAUACCACAACAUGUACGUAACCAGCCAACGACACCUUCAAGAGCGCAGUCUCCCAGAGGCAGGAAGGAGACGCUCUCCGAAGCAAGGAAUACACCAGGCCCAUCACCCGCACCGUCAAGAUAUGGAGGUCAGACACUCGUUGGCUCACCUGCCCGAGCCUCAUCCCCUAUGUCAACAACAUACGCGGUACAACAGCCCUCAUUGAUGUCAGAUGUCGACGCUAGUAUAUCACAGAUCAGGAUGAAUCAGUUCGGCAAGAGGCGUAUUCGCUUUCGCCGGCCGGCUGGAUCAAAGGAGGUCGAAGUCAUGCUAUCGAAGUUUCAGCCGCCACCCAAGGAGCCCUCUGAUGACACGACGGGCGGUGCUGAGAACGCAGAAGAAGACGAUGUUCGAGAAGCGAGCUUGCUGCAUAUCAUCACGAAUGUGGUCAUUCUGCAGAACUUUGUACUGGAGUUGGUCGCGUUGAUGCAGGUCAGGUCGAGUUUGUUCAAUGAGGUCAGAUUCAUUUGA